UGUGUGUGUGUGCGUGCGUGCGUGCGUGCGUGUGUGUGUGCAUGUAUUUGCGUGCGUGCAUGCUUCCGUCCGUCCAUCCGUCCGCAAAGUUCUAUAUACUUUCAUAGGCCAUGCAUGUACGUAUGCAGGCCUCUAUUAGAUAUUUUGGUUUGUGGCGACUACACUGGGAAAUCAGAAAGUCCCUAGUUAUAGAUUCCUAUAAUGAAAGUAUGAUUAACUUCCAUUCCCUUUCCCCCGCAGAGCCGCCCCCUCGCCCCCCAGCCGCCAUGCCCCUCGACCUGUACUACUGCAUCACCUCGCCCUUCUGCCGCUCGGUCCUCCUCACGGCCAGAGCCUUAGGAGUCGAGCUCAACCUCAAGGAAGUGGACAUCUGGCAGGGAGAGCAGUUUAAGCCCGAGUACCUGGCGCUUAACCCGGAGCACACUGUUCCCACACUCGUCGACGGGGAUCUCGUUCUGUGGGAGAGCCACGCCAUCUGUACUUACCUGGUGACCAAAUUCGCAAAGGGUGACAGCGCCCUCUACCCGCGAGAUGCCGUGACACGUGCCAGGAUAGACAGUCUUUUGUAUUUCGGCAAUGCUACGUUUUUCCCGCGAUUUAGGGCGUUUAUGCAUUCCCAACUGGGCGGCAAACGCGACCCCACCUACGACGAGAAAAAGGAAAAAUUCCACGAGUGUCUGCGAUGGCUCGAAAAGUUCCUGUCGCGGGCCGAUUUCGCCGCCGCCACUGACCACAUCACCGUGGCGGAUAUGGCACUAGUUCCUUCAGUGACUUCGGUGAUCGAGGCUGGCUUUAUUCUCGACGAACACACGAAGAUUUACGAAUGGGUGAAGAGGUGCGAGGAGGGAAUGGCCGGAUACGAAGAAGCGAACGGCCAGGGAGCUCAGCUGGUCGGAAAGCGCAUCAGGGGAAUGAUCAGCAGUCAGUCAUAGGGCAGUAGAAAGUAAGCACAGUAGCUGAGCGUCCAUAUGUACUUAGAAAAAAGUAUAGAUAGGGAGGCAAUACAGCUCAGCAUUUGUGUGUACUUAGAUGAAAAGAGUAUAGAUAGACAGGCAAUGUAACUGAGCUGUAUAUAUAUAUAUAUAUAUAUAUAUAUAUAUAUAUAUAUAUAUAUAUAUAUAUAUACACAUACAUAUAUAUACUGUAGACAAGCAGGUAAUAUGGCUGAGCUGUACUUAGAUAAAAAGUAUAGAUAGGCAGGCAAUACAGCUAAGCUUCUAUGUGUACUUAGGAAGAAGCAAAGAUCGGCAGCAGGAAGCAUAGCUCAUCUUCCGUAUGCACUUCGAUAAAAAAUAUGUAGUAAAGGUAAAAUGUGUAGAUUACUUGUAUGUGUAUUUUAUCAUAAUCUUUUCCUUGCAUUCUAAUGUUCUCCGUCGCUGAGAAGUCAGGUGUCAAAACACUCGGUAUUCUGUACUUUUAAAUCUGUACUUUAUAAAAACAUUUGUUCAGUCUUGUCCAUGAAAAUGAUUCAUGCGCAUGUGUCAAUAAAAGAAACGAAAAUGUU